GAAAAAGUGAAACUAGCAGUUCACAGUAUCAACUAGUAGAAAAACGCUGCAACGCAACGCAGUCGCAACUGGACACAGAACAGGAGACAGGAUAUAAAGCUUUGAUUGUGCAGGAAAACACCACAUUCAACUCAAGUACCUAGAGUCUCAUGGAGUUCAAUACAUAUAGGCCUAACCUCAACCUAUCAGGUGCCAUGGAACUAAACACCACUACCUUUAAUGGGAGUACCUGGGGUGCCAAGGAGGUCAUCCCUGUGGUGGUCCUGGGCCUGUGUGCCGUGGUGGGUCUGCCCAGCAACAUUGCAGUGAUCAUCGCCAUCGUCCGCAACAUCAUAGGACAGAACAUGAGCUUCACCUUGAAGCUCAUGCUUAGCCUUUCUGUGUGUGACACACUGUCCCUGUUGACGAUUCCCGUUUGGAUCUAUGCACUGCUCAAGGGCUGGUCUCUUGGUGACUGGUGGUGUAAGCUGUUCAGCUAUCUAGUUUACUGGAGCCUGUAUGCCAGUGUGCUCAUCGUUACCUCCAUGAGCGUGCACCAUCACAACAUAAUGAAAGCAAAAAGGCCCAACCGGCAGCUGAUGGAGCGGCUACAGAGACGGCGUAAGCAUGUUUGGCUCGCUGCCCUCUGGGUCGUAGCAGGCCUUCUUGCCUUGCCUAUCAUCCCAACACGUGGUGUCGUUGCUAAAAUUGGUGGUCUGAGAUGUCAAAAGGUAGAUGGAAAGUGGCAGAAAGUGUCUGUCCUUCUGUACGAAGUUCUGUUUGGCUUCGCCAUCCCGUUCUCUGUCCUGGUAACUUCCUAUCUGUGCCUAUACAAGAAAGUGCCCAAGGCCAACCUCUUAAGUAAACAGAGGAUGACCAGACUUGUAGUUAGCAUUGUGGUGGUCUUUUUUUUAUUUUGGAUGCCAACACAUAUUAUCAACAUUGUGGAUAUUGUCGCCAUAUUGACUAAAAACUCUAACCAUGAUAAGUACAAGCAGGCAAAACAUGUACGGAGGAUGGCAGGGGAUUUUGCCAAGACUCUUUCUUACAUGAACUGUUGUUUGGACCCAUUCCUCUAUGCCUUUGCCUCAAGGUCCUUCUUAGCACGGCUGAGACGCAGUACCAAAAGAGAACGCGUGCAGUCUUCCUCGCAACAGGCCACACAGGACAAAACCUCUAAAGCAGAGUCCAUCAUGGAAACACAGACCUAACUACUUUUUCAUGUUGGAUAUGGGAUAUUUUCAUGUACUCACAUACUCUGCAAAAACUGUAUGUCUGACUAGUGUUAUUAAUCUUAUAUUAAAGUAAAAAAAUCUAGUUAUUGUUUUUAUUACAAAGACACUUCCCUAGCGCUUACUCGUAAAAUCAUUUGACUUAAUUUAAUAACAGUUUCAUCAUCAAAACAAGCAAAUUUGGCUGCCAGCGCAUUAAGGAAAUUUGUCUUGACACCUUAAAAUAAAUCAAAUUUUUAUCAAAGAGAGAGAACUG